AUGCAAACCACCGACACCGUCAUCAUCCCUCCCUCUUCCCCUCACACCCACACCAUCAUCUUCCUCCACGGCCGCGACUCCCUCCCUUCCGCCUUCUCCUCGGAGCUCUUCGAAUCCCAAGCCUCGGACACGUCCCGCAGCACCCUCCCCCAGCUGCUCCCCCAUUUCAAAUGGGUUUUCCCCGCGGCGGGCCUGCGCCCUGCGAAGCGGUUCGGGGGUGUUGAGAUGUCGCAGUGGUUUGACAUCUGGUCGGUGGAGGAGCCGACGGCGGAGGGGGAAUUGCAGUCGGUGGGGUUGGAGGAGAGUGUUGGGGAGGUGCUGCGGGUGGUGGAGCGGGAGGUGGGGAUUCUGGGGGGAAGGAGGGAGAGGGUUGUGUUGGCGGGGAUCAGUAUGGGGUGUGCGACGGGGGUGGCGGCGCUGGUGAGGGGGGGUGGGAUGGGGUGUGUAGGCGCGUUUGUGGGGGUGAGUGGGUGGAUGCCGGUGUUGGGCGGCCCGGCGGCAGCGUUAGCGAUGGGAAAGGGAGGGAAGGAAGAAGGGGGCGGGGAGGAUCGGGAGGGGAGAGGGGAUGCCGGUGUACUGGAGAUGCCGGUGUUGCUGGAGCAUUGUGUGGAUGAUGAUGUGGUGCCGGUGAGGAAUGGGGAGGUGUUACGGGAUGGUUUGGUGAGGUUGGGUAUGGAUGUCGAGUGGCACGCGUAUGAGGAUGGCGGCCAUUGGAUGAAUGAGCCCCAUGGGAUUGAUGAUCUUGUUGCUUUUUUGAAAAGGGUACUUUGA